AUGAUAAGGGAGUUCCCGAACCACCACGUAAAGAAGAUGAAGGAGGCCGCCUGCAUCAACGCCCAUCCUAAGCCCUCGCCUGGCCCAACAGCGAAACGAUUUACGCGUGGCUCCACCGGGCCGCCUUCCAAGUUCAAAAUCGACGGACCUCGAAGGCAUAUCGACUCUUACGGCAGGUGUCCGAUCCCGACUCCGACAACAGCCAAGUUCAACAGGUCCGUCAUGGAUCCCCCUUUCAAAAUCGAAAAUUUGCUGGAUAUGCGGGAAAGCGCUGGUAGGGUCCGCUUUUCCGCCCGAGACAUGACACCGGUGGAAGAAAGGGGAGGCCUAUGGCGGUUGCCGAUGUCGCAUUUACCACUACUGCAACCAGUUGCCUCGUUAUACAACAGGGACUACUUUAAUACCAUUGUUGUUGCACAAGCCAAAGCCAGAGGGCUAAGCAUCACCUUCGAUCACGGCCUGGAGUGCCUUUGGGUCGAAAACGCCCUGGUACCGAGCAAGGGUCAAAUGUUGGUGAUCAUUGUGCUUCCGAAGCCACUGGAACCCCAGGCUGCUAGAGUGCCAGUGCCACGAGGAAUGGAAACCUUGAUUCACGAAGAGCCACGAAGGUCCGGCGCCAACGUUUUACAACGAUGCUUAUAUGGGCCAGCAUCUGCUGACUAG